AGCCUCUGUUGAAUCCGGGCCGUCAUGUCGCAGCUGGAUCCUCAGAGUCAGAGGGAGAAGGACAAGCAGAGUCUACACUUCUGCGCUGAGUGCAAUAACCUCCUCUAUCCUGAGGUGGAUCGCUCGAAUCAUGUGCUCCUCUACUCGUGUAGGAAUUGCAGUCACAAGGAGGAGGCCAGGAGCAACAUGGUCUUCAAGAAUGACUUAAAGAGUGUCACGAAGGAACAAUCGGGAGUCAUCGACAGUAUCGCCACAGACCCUACUCUGCCGCGGAAGCAUGACUCUGAGUGUCCAGCCUGUGGUCAUCCAGAAGCCGUGUACUUCCAAGAUCAGUCGAAGAGGAUCCACAAUCGGAUGAUCCUGUUCUACGUCUGCACGGCUUGCGAGCACUGCUACGGAGACGAGCUAGCUUCCAGCGAGCGCUAA